ACUCCCAAUCUCCCAUCCCAUGUAACCAUCAUUACAAAACACCAAAGAAGAUCCUUCUUCAUCUUUAUCACUGUAUUAAUAAUACAAUGAAAUAAAUUUACUUACUUUGUUAUGUAAGUGUCGUGAUUGUUGUAUACGAGUUUAUCAUAUACUACUACAACCUGUAAGCUUGUUUAACGAAAGUGUCGUUACAAAUAUACAAAUAUAUAAUUUUGACAUUUCGUCGGAGAAGAAAAAAAAAAAAAAAAGAAGACAAAACCAAACUUACUUUAGUAAACAAGCACUUUCCAUUAUCUCUCUUUCCCCACCAAAUAAUUAUGUUCAAUAAUUCAACAACAACCACCUUCGGCUCCGGCGUCGACGCCGUCGUCCCAACUCCCGCCGUUACAGUUCCCACCACCGUCUUUCCCGGCACCACCAUCACUACCAAUUCAACCUUCAUCAUCUUCGGACCUCCACCACCUUUCCCAGCUCCUCCACGGAGCAUCGAUCUCUCUCCUCUCAAACUAAUCUUCGCCGUCAUCGCAAUCGUCGCCGUUCCCGCCUUAGUUUACGCUCUCUUCUUCACCGUUCCCUGCUCUUCCUCCCGCCGCAACUCCUCUUCUCCCCGUCGCAGCCGAAGCUCCUCUUCCUCCUCUGAAGACGUUACCGUGGAUAUCACCCCACCGACCACCGCCGAGACCACCACCGCCGCCGCAGCGGCUAAUGACUCCGACGAGAAAUUCCAUAAGGAGAAACAUUCAAAGGAGAUAGGAAACGAGUGCACCGUGUGUUUCGAGGACUACAAGGACGGUGAAGAGAUUCGACGGCUUAGCGCGUGUAAGCACGCUUUCCACGUCAAGUGUAUUGAAACGUGGCUUAAAGAUCACACUAAUUGUCCCAAUUGCCGAGCUGAAGUCCCCGUUAAACAACACUCCACCGAAUCCACCGCUACCAACGUCACCGUUAACGCCAAUCGCAGCGGCGGAAACCGUCGCGUUUCGGCUACAAAUAGAGAUGACGAUUGGCGUCAAGGUCUACCUGAUGCUUCUAGUUUAGUUUGAUUUUGUUUUCUUUUUUUUCUUUUUAAAUUCAAUAACUAUAAUAUAAUUCUCGAUUUCGUUA